CCGGCUCCGCACCCGCCAUGUCGGCCCAGGCGCAGAUGCGGGCCCUGCUGGACCAGCUCAUGGGCACGGCCCGGGACGGUUCAGUGUAUCUUUGCCUGCCUACAUCAAUCUGCAAGGGAGUUGCAGAAAAGCCUCAUGUUCAUCGAGCCGUGAGUCACAACCAAUUUUUAAAGCUGUUAUAACAAAAAAAAAAAAGUGUUUGCUUUUUUUCACAAGUAAUUUUAAGUGUAGCUUAGAAAGAAAAAAAAAAAAACAUUUUCAGUAGACACAACAUUAUUCCUGGAUGCUUGCAAAUCCUAAACUAUAUUCAUACUUUAGUAUUACACAUACCUGUGUCAUAUACACAGAUGAGCUUUAAAAUUGUCACAUACCAUUACCACUUUGCCUUUACUUUUAUGUAUCAUUCCCCUGACUUCCUUACUGCAGGUGUGGGCAAGAAAACUUUUCCUUUAAAACUUUUCAACAGUGGGCAUAAAAUUCUGCAGCUGAGGUCUUGAAGAAUGCAGAUGGGAGAUGAAACCAGACAAAGGGUGAAGUUUACAGACGAUCGUGUUUGCAAGAGCCACCUUCUGGAUUGCUGUCCUCAUGAUAUCCUGGCCGGAACACGAAUGGACCUGGGAGAAUGUACAAAGAUCCAUGACUUGGCACUGCGAGCAGAUUAUGAGAUUGCGAGUAAAGAGAGAGACCUGUUUUUUGAGCUGGAUGCAAUGGAUCACCUGGAAUCCUUCAUCGCAGAGUGUGACAGGAGAACAGAACUGGCCAAGAAGCGCCUGGCUGAGACACAGGAAGAGAUCAGUGCUGAAGUGUCUGCAAAGGCAGAGAAAGUACAUGAGCUGAAUGAAGACAUUGGAAAACUCCUAGCUAAAGCUGAACAGCUGGGAGCUGAAGGAAAUGUUGAUGAGUCUCAGAAGAUCCUGAUGGAAGUGGAGAAAGUCCGAGCAAAAAAGAAAGAGGCAGAGGAAGAAUACCGAAAUUCAAUGCCUGCAUCCAGUUUCCAGCAGCAGAAGCUGCGUGUGUGUGAAGUCUGUUCAGCAUAUCUGGGUCUCCAUGACAACGACCGGCGUCUUGCUGACCACUUUGGAGGCAAAUUACACUUGGGUUUCAUUCAGAUUCGUGAGAAACUGGAUCAGCUGAGGAAAACAGUGGCAGAAAAGCAAGAGAAGAGAAACCAGGAUCGUUUGAGACGAAGAGAGGAGAGAGAACGAGAGGAGAGAAUGGGCAGACGGUCUGGAUCAAGAAAUAGAGAUCGUCGAAGAUCACGGUCUCGGGAUAGGAGGCGAAGACGCUCGAGAUCAGCUUCCCGUGAACGACGGAAGUCUCGCUCCCGGUCCCGAGACCGACACAGGCGCCACCGGAGCCGUUCCCGCAGCCACAGCAGAGGUCACCGACGGGGGUCCAGAGACAGGAGUUCAAAACACAAAUCUUCUAGAGAUGGAUCUUCAAGAGAAAAGUCACGAGACAGAGAGAGAAAAGAGAAGAGCUCUUCUGAGAGGCGGCACGAGAGCACAAAUGGCAAAUCUCGUUCCAAGAGAUCAGAAGAGAGAGAAGCUGGCGAGAUCUGAACUCAAACGAUCUGUGUUGCACUGUAAAUAGUCUGAUAAACAUUCUACACAAAAGCCUAAAUUUCCCAUUUAUAUUUACUGAAUACAACUCAUCUUUUGUAGUUUGGAAUUUUUAUUGUUUGGCAGAUAGCUGUGAGUUUGUAGAGACGCAGAGUUACGUACCGUUUAACAGGAUUUUGUUUUAGUAGGAAUAAAUAAAUCCGGAUGGAUCGUUUUCAAUUCAG